AGGAGGCAGCAGCUUUGCUAUAUAAUGACGCUGGGUUGUGAGCAGGGAAGGUCAGGAGCACAAAGCUAAACUAUUCAUUCCUGCAUAUAUCGGUGUAAACCAUCCACGGGAGGCGAUCCAAGUUUGGGGGUGAUGAUGCCGACGUCGGGCAACGAUGCCGGUGCCUGUGACGGCGACGGCUCGCCGCACGGGGUCAAGAAGAUGUGGACCAAGGAGGAGGACGAUCUGUUGCGGGAGCAGGUGCGGCGCUGCGGCGGUCCGCACAACUGGGACUCCAUCUGUCAAGGCCUGCCCGGCCGCAACUCCAAGUCGUGCCGCCUUCGCUGGUGCCAGCACCUCGACCCCAGGGUGGAGGCCAUCAAGCCCUUCACCAUCGAGGAGGACAUGCUCAUCGUCAAGUACCAGGCCGCCUACGGCAACCGCUGGUCCACCAUCGCCGAGUUCCUCUCCGGCCGCACCGACAACGCCGUCAAGAACCGUUGGAACUCCAUCCUCCGCAAGCGCCAGGAGCACGCGCCUUCCCAACAGGGCCAAACGCGCCCGUGGGCUCCUUCCGCCGCCCGGCAGGCCACGGGCCCCGAGGUCACGCCGCGGUGCCUGCCGUUGUUCCCUGGUUUGGCCGAGGAGGUGCCGGAGGAAGACACAUCUGCGGCGGCGAGGAAGUGCCUCGACCUGUUCCCUCUGGCGCCCGGGGAUAUCAGGGCCAAUGCGGCUGCUGCGGUGCCGCCCAGUGACAUGACUUGCAAAGCUGACGACCCGCUCACCGAGUUGAGGCUCUGGCCGGCGGCGAGGGUGGUGUUUGACGUAAUGCCGCUCCAGGCUUACCGGAUGUAGAUUCAUUCUAGUCUUCUACCUAGACUUGGUUGUUCUUUCAUCUUACUUUUAGCUGACCGUGGGGAAUUUUGCUAUUGGGAUUUGACUUGUAAUAGAAGAGCUCUGGCUGAUCGAGAAUGUUGGUAGGACUCCAUUGGAUCUUGGUAUUAAU